GCAUCGUGGCCUCGUGCGUUUUGAUGACUUUUUAUAUAUAUGAACAAGGACUUGUAUCACUGGGCUUCUUGCAGAUGAUUUUCACAGAGAUAAGUAUAAGACGUUUGCACUUUAGUGAAAGAACAGAACUUCAGUGUGUAAAGUGACGGGUCACGUGACGUCGAUUGUUGGUUCAGUAGUUAUUUAUACACGCUUUCGGCGUGCGCCUAGUCGAUCCGCACCGCAUUACAGCAUUUGCAAAUUUUCUCAAUUAUCUGUUUAACUUACAGUAAUAAAACUAAAACAAUAAUAAAAUUUAAUCGUCACACCUACGUUCACAAACUGAUUAUUAUGGUGAACUGACCGAUGAGGUCAAUGUCAUCAAAACUGUCAAUGUGGAUGCAGAGGACAGCAGAUCCCGAGCUAAUCGCUGUUGUUUUAGGCUCCGUGAUAAACUUUAGUUGGUCGGAAGAUCAUCUAUAGUUUCAAAACAACUUCGAUAAUAUCACGCCUGUAAAAAAUGUCCUGCAUUACUUGCUGUGAAAAUAACUCGGAAAUGGGUAGUCGGAAGCUGAGAAUCAUGACCUACUUGGCACCUGGCCUACCACUUGAUUUCUUUGAUUUAUUUCGAGAUUACCUGGAAAAAGAAACAGGUAUUAACUCUUAUAUUAUUUAUGAGUCACGUUGGAGUGGGCCACCACUAGAUCGCAAGGACCCAUUCACAGCAGACGAAGCAGAUAUAGUUUUUAUGUGCAGUACAGCCUUCCUGCGUCUCUUGCACCAGAAAAAUGAAUAUAUGGAACUAUGUCUGGCAGCCCCGCUUUACAUCCAUCCUUCAGCCCAAAACCGUCCAGUUUAUUUCUCCGAUAUCAUCAUUCACAAAGAAAAUCAGAUAAAGUUCAAAGACUUCCUUGCACUAAAGGGUUGUCGCUGGGCCUAUAAUGAUGACAUUUCUUUAAGUGGAAACCUGAUGGUCCUAGCAGAACUGAAAAAGCAAGGAUAUAAUGCCAAUUUCUUUGGCCAUGUUGUAAAAUCUGGAUCACAUCACAAAUCUCUCCGGAUGAUUUUGGAUCAUACUGUUGAUGCAGCGGCAAUCGAUUCAAACACUUGGGCUGUCUACCAACGCCAGUUUCCAGAGCGAGCCAGCAAUCUUGUCAAGCUCACUUCCUUCGGUCCUAUGCCUGUGUAUCCUAUGGUAUUCAACAGUCGACUUCAAGCUAAACUCAAGGAGAAAAUAACUCAUCUGCUUCUGUCGGUUGAUAAAAGUCCUGAUUGGGGACCUCAGCUUCAGAGCUUUGGGAUUUCUGGCUACACCAGGAUUGACUCAUCUCUAUACGAUCUUGAAACUUUGAUCCAGGACCUGGUGAAAGGAUUAACUAUAAACCCUGCAUACUAUUAGUAGGGUUACUGCUGAAAAGUCAGGUGAAGAGAACAUCAUAUGCUUGUGUUGGAAGAUUGUGGCAGACAUAAGACAGUUUUUCAUAAAAUUCGAAUUUUAUUAUAUAUCCAUCUUUUCAGAUAAUUUUUUUCUGAUUAAGACUUUAAAAGCCUUUGCAGCAUAUGAAAAGUACUUUUGUAAACCUGAGUGAAUAUUUUUCUGGUGCCUUCUCCUCGUGUACUCAAUAUUGAGAACAAGUAAUAAAAGAACUGAAGAGGAACUUAAUAAGUUUACUGAUAAUAUGUGAUAUAAGUGGGAACGAGUUUUCUGCACAUUAGAAAGCAUUUAUAAAAAGAGUGCAGCUCCCUAUUUUUUGUAAAUUUCUGUAUAAGAUUUUAAAAAGGAGUGCUUGCAUAUACAAUUGUUGUUUCUUGAUUAAGUACAGUGUCCGUGGAUUAAAGAAAGUAUGCAUAUCCAGAAUUCAUCGUUAAAAAGGUGAUAAUUCUAAAUAGUUCUUGUUAAUGAAAUAAAGCCUUAAAUUUAAGUGCAGUCCUUUUAGUUUUGCCAACUAAUUUGGGAUUACUUUUGCUUUUUCUAUUUUAAAACUUUAAAACAUACUAUUCUUUGCAUUAUUUCUAGCCAAGUUUAUAUAAAGUACAUUUCUUCUCAAGUUUAAAACCAGAAAUUUCAUUGUUACAGUGUUGUCUAUGUAUUUAUGUUAUUUGCAAAACACAUUCCUCCAGGACUUGUUUAAAAAAAAAACAAACAUAUAAAAUUGUUACACAAGGUUAUUUUUCAAUUAUGGUGCUCAAUUUGUAAGCCAUUAACUUAAAAAAGUAAGAUACCCUUGAUACCAAUAUUGUGGUUUAUAUGUUGCACAAAACAUCUUUCAUUCCAAACAUUUUUGUUUUAAAAUUAAGUUUUGACUGGCCAGAUUUGGUUAUUUCAUUUGUUAUAAUUUUAAGUUAAUGAUUAAUUAGAACCUUAAUAUCUGUGCACAAAAUAGGUCUUCAGUAAUGCAGCUGUUGUGUUUAAAACGGUGACCAAGGCCAGCUGAUGGGACUUGCAUUUAGAAAGGCUUAGAUGGAUCUUGAAGGGUCCAGAAUUCAGUGGGCAUUUUCUUUCAGCUAUUACUAUGCUUGUUUUUCUUUAUAGUAUUAUAAGCAGUCAUGUCAAGAAUGCUUAGAUUGGUGCAGAACAUUGGGCCAUCAUCUAGGACUGUGUGUGUGUGUGCAAGGCUAUGAUUUUAAUAUAAUUUUGAAUCAUACUAUUUGAAAGAUUAUUUGAUACAUGAAUACCGGUGUUAUCUAUGUAUAAAGCUUUGUUAACUCUGGAAAGAUGAAUGCAUGGUUACCAAAAAUACAUACCUAUUUUGAGCAUUAAUUUUCUUAAAAAAUAUAUGAAAAACAGAAUAUGUAUGCAUGCAUGCACAUUCACGCACACAGAGAGACAAAGGUUUAUGACCACACUACCUCCCAUUUCAUAGCAUUUUAAAAUAAAAACUGAACUGUAGUAUGCAUGACUGCUCUUAGGGAAUUACUGAAGAUGGAAAGUGAAGGAUCAGAGACAUAUCCCUUUUAUCCUGUCACGUGAAGACUUACAGUAUUCAUUGCUUUAACAAAAAUCCUCUAAUUUUUUUUAUUUCCUCCUUUUAGAAAUUAUUGGUAACUUUUAAAAAAUGUCAUAUACCUUAGAAGUAAAGAAUAUACAUUUUGAAAAAUA